AUGACUCAAGCAUUACCUAGUGACAUCUCUAAAAGAAAAUUAGGUAAUAAUAUUGUAACACUCGGGGUGAGAUUCGAAGGUCUAUAUGCAACAAAAGUGGCGCAAUUGAAAGCUAUCACUGAAAGUUAUGACAAAGAAUUCGCUGAUUUUGAAAAAGAAGCACCAAUUGCUGCUAAGAAGGAUAAUUUGACAGAAGUUCCAGAACCUCUUGUGAUAUGGUAUAAUCGUUAUUCAGAAGUUGUGGAUGCUGUAAAACAUAGCACUAGCCAAUUGGACGACAAAAUCCAACAUUUGAAAAAACUUUUGAAACAAUAA